AGUUGCUGUCCCUUCGAUGUCCCUUCGGCAGAGUCAUCGGCUUCUGGCUGCCCUGCCUAGCAACACUGCGAGGGCGCAUAAGCGUUUUUAUGAUGUGGUGAAGGUAGCGCGGAAUGGCAUUGAGGAGGGAGGAGGAUGGACGGUCCUUUUGGACGGCAAACGAUUGUCGACUCCAGCUAAGCACCGACUGGCACUCCCUUCGGAGGGGCUCGCCUUUGCAGUAGCAGAGGAGUGGGCCGAGCAGGACAAGUUCAUACGGCCACACUUCAUGCCGUUGAUGGCGUUGGCAGCGACGACUAUUGAUUUGACAGCGAAGGAUAUGAGCACAGUGGUUGAGAGGAAUCUCCACUACUUGAACACCGACCUCACUUGCUAUGGGGAAUACCCUGAGUGGGUCGAAUACAGGAGUUUCGUGUCCAAGGAAUUCGACUGCAAGAUAGCCUCAUGUAGGGGCAUAUCACUGCCGAAACACUCAGAGGGAGCGGACGCGGCACUGAGAGCGUAUUUGAGUACACUUACCCCGUGGGAGCUCACAGCCUUUGAUGAGAUGAGCAGAACGGCGAAGUCUGUUGUGAUCGCCCUUAACUACUACCUCGGAAAUACCUCUCUAGAGGAGGCAUGUAGGGCUUCGGUUUUGGAGGAGUUGGAUAAUAGAGGCAAAUGGGGAACUGUGGAAGGAGACCAUGACGUGUCGGACCGGACAUUGAAGAUGGCGAUGGGGGCAGCGAAGUUCUUCGCAGAGGAAAGCCGCGCCGAUUGACGACUUCACACUGCCUUGGUUUCUCCCU